CUGCAUGCAUUUUCUUCACAGAGGAAUAUUAACAAACACAAAGUAAACACCAAGAACAGUCCUAUUUCUGAGGAGGGAGAGAGAGGGGGGAUCGAUUAAUUAGGACGCACCUGAGAAUGAAGUCCUCGUCGUCCUGCGGAAGAUGCAGCUCCAACUACAGUCGGACGUUGGACUUACCGGAGGACCAUGAGGAUGCGAGAGAAGACUACGGUGUUGGCGGAGCAAUGUUGCCGAUUUUUCUCAACGACUUGAGAAGAAACAACGAAGAGGACCUCGUCGAGGUCACGCUUGAGCUCGACAACGACUCUAUAGUCGUCUGCAGCAUAGCACCCACCCCUGCGCGAGACGAAAACAACACCACCCCUGCCACCCCUAUAUUUGAAAGAAGCCAGUCGGUGACAUCGAGAAUCCGACAGAAAUUCCCGUGGCUACGAUCGGGAUCGUCGAGAACAUCUGCAUCGGAAGUCGAGGAACGUCCAAUGACCGCUCGCGAAGCGAGGCAAAUCAAGGCCAAGCUUCAACGGACGACAUCAAGCGCGCAGAGAGCGCUCAGCGGGCUCAGAUUCAUAAGCAAGACGACCAUCACUAACGACGCCGAUGAUCUCUGGAGAAAAGUAGAGUCAAGGUUCCACUCUCUGGCCAAGGACGGAAUGCUUGCGAGAGAAGAUUUCGGCGAAUGCAUCGGGAUGGUGGAUUCGAAGGAGUUCGCCGUCGGAAUAUUCGACGCACUAGCGAGGAGGAGGAGACAAAAGAUUACAAGAAUAACGAAAGAAGAGCUUCACGAUUUCUGGUUGCAGAUUUCCGACCAGAGUUUUGACGCGCGCCUUCAGAUUUUCUUUGACAUGGCUGAUAGCAAUGAAGAUGGAAGAAUUACAAGAGAAGAAGUGCAGGAGCUUAUAAUGCUUAGUGCUUCAGCAAACAAGCUACCCAAGCUGAAAGAACAAGCAGAAAAAUAUGCUGCAUUAAUUAUGGAAGAAAUGGAUUCUGAAAAUCUUGGAUAUAUAGAGUUAUGGCAGUUGGAAACUCUUUUUCUCCAAAGGGAAACUUAUAUGAACUACAGCAGACCACUAAGCACUGCAAGUGCAGGAUGGAGUCAGAACCUGAGCUCAUUCAGACCUAAAAACUUGGUCCGGAGAGCAAGCUCUACUCUCCAGUGUAUGGUACUGGAAAAUUGGCGAAGGGGUUGGAUUUUGUUGCUCUGGAUCAUGGUCAUGGCAUCUCUAUUUGUUUGGAAAUUCUACCAGUAUAAAAGCAUGGCGGCUUUUCAUGUCAUGGGAUACUGCUUGUGCACUGCCAAAGGAGCUGCAGAAACUCUCAAGCUCAACAUGGCUCUCAUUCUGCUACCUGUUUGUCGAAACACAUUGACAUGGCUGCGGUCCACCAGAGCAAGGUUCUUUGUUCCUUUUGAUGACAACAUCAACUUCCAUAAGAUGAUUGCUUGUGCAAUCGCCAUUGGGGUCUUAGUUCAUGCAGGAGUCCAUCUGUCGUGUGACUUCCCCCGCCUAAUACACUCCUCUCCAGAAAAAUUUGCCCUGAUAUCCUCCGAUUUCCAUGACAAAAAGCCCACCUAUAAAGAACUUUUUACUUGUGUUGUAGUUGUCACUGGUAUUUGCAUGGUGAUUUUGAUGACCAUUGCCUUCACACUUGCAACAAGCCGUUUUCGUCGAAAUAAACUGAGGCUUCCUGCACCCUUCAACAGAUUGACAGGAUUCAAUGCAUUCUGGUAUUCUCAUCAUCUUUUUGCUCUGGUCUAUAUUUUACUACUUGUGCACGGAACAUUCCUGUUCUUGACCCAGAAGUGGAAUCAGAAGACGACAUGGAUGUAUAUCUCCAUACCAUUGUUGCUUUACAUAGCUGAGCGCAGCAUAAGAAUAUGUAGAUCAGAGCAUUAUUCAGUAAAGAUAUUCAAGGUAUCUCUACUGCCAGGAAACGCCUUCAGCUUGAUCAUGUCAAAGCCACCACAAUUCAGAUAUAAAAGCGGACAGUACAUAUAUCUUCAGUGUCCCUCAAUCUCUCCAUUUGAAUGGCAUCCGUUUUCUAUUAGCUCAGCACCACAAGAUGACUAUCUCAGCGUUCACAUCCGCACAGUAGGAGACUGGACACGAGAACUGAAACGAGUUUUCACAGAGGUUAGUGACUCCCCCUCUGUCAUUGGUCGGGCCAAAUUUUGUAAACCAGGGCACGUAGAUCAGAGAAGCCAACCAAGAUUGCUUGUUGAUGGCCCAUAUGGGGCUCCAGCACAAGACUACAGAAAUUAUGACAUCUUGCUCCUUGUGGGACUUGGAAUUGGAGCUACCCCUUUCAUAAGCAUCCUUAGAGAUAUUCUAAACAAUACAAGAGCAGUCGAAGAUCAAUCGGAUUCUGUCACUGAAAUGAGCCAACUUACCAAGUCAGAAGAAAGCUGGAAUAGUUUUACAUCGUCUAGUUUAACUCCUGCUCCAAGUUUGGCACCUUCAGGAAAGAAAAAAGUACACAGGACUAAAAAUGCUUAUUUCUACUGGGUUACCAGGGAACCUGGCUCCUUUGAAUGGUUUAAAGGAGUAAUGGAUGAAGUUGCAGAAAUGGAUCACAAGGGUCAGAUUGAGCUACAUAACUACCUUACAAGUGUCUACGAAGAGGGGGAUGCAAGAUCAACCUUGAUCACCAUGGUACAAGCUCUCAACCAUGCUAAGCAUGGUUUUGAUAUUCUAUCAGACACCAGAGUCAGAACACACUUUGCAAGACCAAACUGGAAAAAAGUCUUCACAAAAAUAGCUUCAAAGCAUCCAAACACCACAAUUGGAGUGUUCUACUGCGGAGUGCCAGUUCUGGCAAUGGAGUUGAAGAAGUUAUCCCAUGAAAUAAGUCACAAGACCUCCACAAGAUUCGAAUUCCACAAAGAACUCUUCUAAACAUCACCAUAUAAAUAAUUUCUUUUUGCAUCUAUUCAAAUAUAUGUAUACCAUAAGGUGAAAGAGAAGAAUAUUUACUACUUGGUUUAUAACUGCAGGUCAAAUGUAAAUGAAGAUAUACAGAAUUCAUAAAUUAAUACCAUACUGUAAACAGAGAAUGGAAGAAUAUACUAAAGUUUGUGGCUUUAUGCUAAUCCAGAUGAACUAUUUGGACUUCUAAUCCCAUAAAUUUUGGUGCUUUUGAUUCACGUGCAUCAAAUUAGCAUGGAUGGGGUCAUGGUGGUGUUAGGAAGGAGACCAACCUCAAGAAUCUUUGUCCUUAACAAGGUAUAUCAUAUCCAAGCAACUUAUUGGACACUUUGAAUGGGAUCUCUACUAACUUCUAUCCCAAGUUAAUGAACAGGAAUAAAACCUAAUGAACUGGUUUACAUAUGCAAAUGCCCCUAAGAUACAAUUUACCAUUUUUGCUUACAUCUUCAAGUUUCUUCUCUCACAAGUACUUGUCAAUUUAUUUAAACGAGAGAUGAUCAUUAUAGUAACCUUAGUUUGUUAAGAAUUUGAAAUCCAAACCUUAAAAUUAAAAAAUCUUACAUCAAAUUGCAAAUAUUUUUUCAACUAAUCCAAGAGAUUUAUCCUCUUAAUAUCAAGGCAUUAAAAAAGGGUUGUCAUACUCAUAUCUUGUUCCUAGCUACCUUAAUUUCAAGGGCAAUGGGAAUGCGACCACAGAUAGGCAUGGUACUAGAAUCGCUUGCACUAAUUGUUGUAAUAUAGUUUUCAUUGAGACACCCUAAAAGGAGUAGUCUCAGUCACUUGGAGAUAAACAGUGUUCAGUAAG